AUGGCACUAGAGGCUGCAGUCUUUCAACAAGACUGGUUUGGCCACAGCAGCAAAGAACUCUACAAUUUGCUAGGAGCGAAUUGGAGCUAUGAUUUUGGCCUAGACCAAAAUGAAGAAGAUCAAGACAAAAGCUGCUCUACUUAUUUUCUCGAUAACCAAACAGAAACAUUUCUUCAUGGGGAUUGGAACCCUUUACCACCACCUAAUUCCAUGGUGCCUCACUUCAAUGAUUUGCACCUGGCUUGUAGCAACAUUCCAUCUUCAUCAGAUGCUAGCAUUAAUGCAGCAAAUGGGCUGAUGAGCGCCACUCCAACUAGUGAUGACCAUCACCACUUAGGCGAAUCAUCAACAAUGCCUGCUACUCGUGUUAAGAGAAGGAGAUCAAGGAGUAAAAAGAACAAAGAAGAGAUUGAGAAUCAAAGAAUGACUCACAUUGCUGUAGAGAGAAACCGAAGAAAGCAAAUGAAUGAGUAUCUUUCAGUUCUGAGAUCUUUAAUGCCCGAGUCCUACGUUCAGAGGGGUGAUCAAGCUUCAAUUAUUGGAGGUGCUAUUAAUUUUGUCAAGGAGCUUGAACAGAAGUUACAAGUCCUUGGGGCCUGUAAAGAAAUGAAAGAAAAAUCUGAUGGUGAUGAUCAGCAACAUGUUUCUUCAAUGCCUUUCUCUGAAUUCUUUACAUUUCCACAGUACUCAACAAGCUCAAGUCAUUGCGAAAGCUCGGUUGGCAAGAAUGAAAAAUUGAUCAAGUCUCAAUCCGCUAUAGCUGACAUAGAAGUAACCAUGGUGGAGAGUCAUGCCAACCUCAAAAUAAGAUCGAAAAGGCGGCCGAAACAGCUCUUGAAGGUUGUUUCUGGGCUGCAUAGCAUGCGGCUCACUGUUCUUCACCUCAAUGUCACAACAAUUGAUCAAACUGUGCUUUAUUCUCUAAGUGUCAAGGUAGAAGAUGAUUGUAAGCUGAGUUCAGUGGAUGAGAUUGCUACAGCUGUGUAUCAGAUGCUAGGUAGGAUUCAAGAAGAGUCUAUGUAUCUUUUUGAAGAUUUUACUAAGUACGUCAAACUCUACAUAUUUUCUGCUGCUAUUUAUAAUAUUGUGGGUUCUUGA